AUGAAGCUAGCAGAGGCCCUAGCAGAGCGCGCUGAGGCGCAACGGCAAUAUGAGCAACUCCAGCAACGUAUUCUUCGAGUCGCCCGUGUCCAAGAGGGCGAUGAGCCUGCAGAGGACCCCGAGGAGCUUCUCACCGAGGCCAACAAAGUUCUCGACCGCCUGGACCUACUCAUCCGGCGCAUCAACAAGACGAACACCGAGACCAAGUUUGACGAGAAAUACUCGCUCACGGAUGCCAUCGCCUUCAGGGACAUGGCUCUGAAGCGGAGAAAGCUUUACUCGGAUCUCGCCACUAAAGCCAGCACGUCACAGGACCGCUAUACGCGUACCGAGGUGCGCUACAUUAGCACGGUAAAGGUCAAGGACAUGCAAGCAAGAGUCGACCAGCUCGCAAAGGAGUACAGGGAGCUGGACACCAAAAUCCAACGACUGAACUGGGAGGCUGAUCUGUUGUAA